AUGGCAUUUCUCAGUCAACUUCAAGGCGGUCUUCAACAACUCAAACAAAAAACUUCGGAAUUGGCGGAACAGGCUGCGCCGUCAUUCGGAGCAUCGUUUGCGCAACUCAAAGAGGCACCAAAAUUUAUGGAAUCAGCGUUCAAAAACGGACUGAAUAAGGUGAAACUCGAUUCGUUGGGCAAAGUUUUAAAUGUUCCGUCGUUGGGCAGAAAUCAAUCACCAAUUGAUAUUGUACCAGUUAUCACGGCAUUCGGAGAGCACUUGCAAAAUGCACAUUUUGAGUGAGUUUUUGACCGAAAAAAAAAGAUUUUUGGUGUUCAAAAAAUCAGCGAAGCUUAUCUAAUUACAUGUCAACAACACCUACCAUAUACCUUGAAGGGGUAUAAUUUGACUCAUAUCUGUUUGUUGGCUGAGUAUCUAAUUAGUUUUUGGUUUGUUGAAGUAGGGGGAUGGGGAAGUAAACACAGUCUUCGAGUGGAGAAAAUCAGAUGUGAUGAAUACUAAAAUCACAAAUUCAUUUCAGCACACUUCACUUUUUAAAACCACCCAUUUCUUUUUCAGAGUUCACUAUGAAAGCACCGGCGAAUUCCGAGCAGUCAAUGAUGGUAAUUCAGUUUGGCUGAUGCGAGAAGGCAAUUCAUCCGAACUCGCCAUCUCAUUCUUAGCAGAAGAACAAUAUCAUUUGGAUGCGGUCAAUUUCCAUUGGGCAACUGAGCCAAUGAAUGGAUCUGAGCAUACAAUUGGUGGAGUUGGAUAUGCCGGUGAAAUGCAUUUGAUUCAUCGAAAUACUAGAUUCGCCAAUUUGGCUGAUGCUUUCAAACAACCAAAUGGAGUUGUCACUAUUGCUGUGUUCUUGAAUGUGAGUUUCGAGGAAAACAACCAGUGUGUUGCGGUCGCAUGUAUUUUAUCAAGGAAAACGCUUUUCUGUUCGUAGUUAUUCGUUGCGCUGAGUCCAGGUGUUUUUGUUUUCCAACCAAAACGUGACUUUGUUUUUUGUAGUGAAAAAAAAACGAAAAAUUGUAUUUAAUAAAUCCCUAACAAAUUUAGAAGCCCAUAGAACAAUCAUAGACUAUUAGCUUAUAGAUAUUAUCUUGCCGACUUUUUGAAACAAAACACAAAAUAAAGAUAAAAAGUUUUCUAGGAAUCGCACGACGACAACACGGCAUUCAGUCCACUCAUCGAUAUUUUGUCGCAAAUUCGUUACAAAGGCAGCGAGUGUAAAUUAUGCAGUUUCGAUUUCCAGGCGUUUUUCCCAGCCGCUGAGAAAACCAAAGAGUUUUGGAUGUAUGAAGGAUCAGAGACUACUGAUCCAUUCAGAGAGACUGUACAAUGGAUUGUGAUUCGCGCUGCUUUGCCAAUCAGCUCACAUCAAUUGGAUAAGUUACGCGAAGUUCGUGCUGGCGGAUAUCAUGAAGAGACUUCGGAUAACUUGGCGAUGAAACCUUUGCGUGCGGUGCAACCAGCAAAUUCACGAACUAUUCAAAGUAGCUUUCGAAGUGUCGCUGGAGCUCCGGAUCUCGGGUUCAACAGACUUCAACAAUGA